GAUAAUAAAAAAAAAAGGCAGAAAGAUCGAUCAAUGGCUAGCGUGGUUAGCCAGCAGCGUGAUUUGCGUCCUUGUGUGAAGCGUUUUAGCCAUUAAAAUCCACUGCGGCCGUCUGAAAUCAAAGAAGAAGAUGAACUAAUCUGUUCUCGCUGUGAACUGGAUGUCUUGGGCUCAGCUUUCAAAUGCACAAAGUCAACCUGUGAUUUCUUGCUGCAAAAAUCAUGUUUUGAUCUACCAAAAGAUUGAUAUCACAAAUCUCAUCCUCAACACUCCCUCUCCCUCUUCUUCUCCCCGCCUUACGGCCAAGCCAUUUUCACCUGCAAUGCUUGCGGCGAUUACGGAACUUCAUUUACCUAUCACUGCUCCAUCUGUGAUUAUGAUCUUCAUGUCGGCUGUGCCACCAAGCCUGAAACUUUCAAGCGUGACGAUCACGAGCACCAGCUUAAGCUCUUUUAUUCCUCCUGUUCUUCAUCUUUGAAGGGUGGUGAUGACUCAGAGUUCAGCUGCAAUGUCUGUGAGGGAGCUGUCGCUGAGAACUACUGGGUUUACAACUGUUCUGAACCAGACUGUGAUUAUGUCGUUCAUUUAGGUUGUGCAACGGCUGAGGCUGAAAAAGAUGAGAACUGGAAAGAGGGCGAAGAAGAAGAAGAAGAAAAAGAAGAAGAGGAAGAUGAAAUGAAUGAUGAAGAAGAAAGUGAUUAUAAUUCACUACUGAAAGCUCAAAACAAGCUGCGAAUGAUGCAGCAUCAAAUGCAAACGAGUUACCAACAGGCACGAAUGAAGAGCGACAUGGGAAGAAGCUUGAAGGACUUGGCAGGCUAAUUAAGUUAAUUUUCUGGUUUGCUUCCUGUGUGUGAUAUAAUAAUUUUUAUUUUCAG